GGAGCGGCUGCCGUUGCGGUGGCAGCGAAACGCGCCGCCGUCCUUUUCCCCCGGAGAUCCAAAGGCGGAUCGCGCGAGUGGUUUUGCGCGGCGUCGUUGGCGCCCGUCGGGGGUGGCUGCUUCGUGUUUCCCCUCCACCCGGGGAAAGGGAUGCUUUUUGGGUCUAAGGCCGGGAGGCCCCGCACUUCUUCACAUACCCCCCCCCCCCGGUCUCCGGGUGUCGCCGGCGGUUGGAGACUCGGCGAUGCAGGAGAAAGUCGGCGCUGCUGCUGCUGCUGCUUUUCAGCCCAGAAGUUUCUCCUGGGAUUCGUGUGGAAGCGAUGAUCGUCGUUCUUUUUGGAAGAUGUGGAAGUUUUGAUACCGCAGGAGGCUAGCGGGCAUCUGAGCGUGGAGAGGAGGUAGAAGGAACCAUAGCUGUCCUGGAAGACUCCAAGGAGAUGCAGCCCAGUGAAACAGAGAUGCCUUUUGCUGGUGCCCUGAAAGAGGAUGCUAAUCCCAGCCACUUUGGGCAGGCUGAAGAGCCUGCCAGCAUCCCCCAGGAGCACACAAUAAAGCACUUUCUGAAGGAAGACUCAGAAGAAGCUGAGCUGGUCCAGUUCCUUAACGAUUCCCCAACAGAAAAGACCUUCCACCGGGUGAAGCCAGAAGCCAUCCAUCGGGAGAAAAGAUCCAGUCCAGGUGGGACUGAAAUGUUCCCUAGUGCUGCAAUCCAGGCCAUUCCCAAAGAUGCCUUGGAGGAAAAGGAGCAGAAGGCCUUCUACCGCCCUCACCCUCUAGACUUGAAACAGCAACACAUGGCUGCUCCAGCGCCGCCAAGUCCAUCCCGUCCCAGAAGCCCCUGGGGCAGGCUUGACCCCUAUGAAUCGGAUGAGGAUGAUAAAGAGUAUGUGGGAUUUGCAACACUUCCUAAUCAGGUCCAUCGGAAAUCUGUGAAAAAAGGAUUUGAUUUCACACUAAUGGUUGCAGGAGAAUCUGGGCUGGGGAAGUCCACUCUGGUGAACAGUCUUUUUCUUACAGACCUAUACAAAGAUCGCAAACACUUAAAUGCAGAAGAACGGAUUGUCCAAACGGUGGAGAUUACCAAGCAUGUGGUAGACAUAGAAGAGAAAGGGGUGAAACUUCGCUUGACUAUCGUGGACACACCAGGCUUUGGAGAUGCUGUAAACAACACAGAAUGUUGGAAGCCUGUGGCUGAUUAUAUAGAUCAGCAGUUUGAGCAGUAUUUCCGGGAUGAAAGUGGCCUUAACCGGAAAAAUAUUCAAGACAACCGUGUCCAUUGCUGCCUCUACUUCAUCUCUCCUUUUGGUCACGGUUUGCGACCUCUGGAUGUUGAAUUCAUGAAAGCGCUCCAUCAGCGUGUGAACAUUGUUCCCGUCUUAGCCAAGGCUGACACUCUCAUGCCCUCCGAGGUGGAAAGAAUGAAGUGCAAGAUUCGUGAUGAAAUUGAUCGUUUUGGGAUCCGGAUCUAUCAGUUCCCUGAUUGUGAUUCAGACGAAGAUGAGGAAUUCAAGCAGCAGGAUGAAGCACUCAAAGACAGCAUCCCCUUCGCUGUGAUUGGCAGUAACACCAUUGUGGAGAUGAAAGGCAAGCGGAUCCGGGGGAGGCUGUACCCUUGGGGGAUCGUUGAAGUGGAGAACCCAAUGCAUUGUGACUUUGUCAAGCUGCGCACCAUGCUAGUAAGGACCCAUAUGCAGGACCUGAAGGACGUGACUCGGGAAACCCACUACGAAAACUACCGGGCUCAGUGCAUUCAGAGCAUGACUCGCAUGGUGGUGAAAGAGCGGAAUCGCAACAAGCUAACCCGAGAAAGUGGGACUGAUUUCCCCAUCCCAACUACGCCCACAGUGCCAGACUCGGAAACAGAGAAACUGAUCCGGGAGAAGGAUGAGGAGUUACGAAGACUGCAGGAACGGUUGCAGAAAAUCCAACAGCAGAUGGAAGAUUCAUAGUAAUCAUAAAUUGCCUCCUCCCCAAGUAUAUUUUUUGUCCCUGCUGGCUGGCAUUCUUCCAAAGCAGAAAAUGUUUACAUCCCUCUGAAUUUCACCCCAUCUCCAGUACUUAGUCCUUGUCAAACAUAAAUUGCUGCAAUGAUCGCCUUAAAACCAAAGUUCUACAAUUACUUACCCCUCUAAGAAAUGAGAAACUCAGAAAGGCUUCAAGAUGCUACCGCAACCUUCUAACACGCGGGAACUUUUCCUUUCUCCAUCCAGUCUGGCUACUGAUCAUCAUUGUGGUGAUUUUUCUGUAGCGUGCAGAGACAAACUAUUCUGCAGUUACAGCAUUGAAAGGAAACUUAACUCUCAUCCGACAGGCAGACUACGAUAAUUUGUACCAGCAAACUGUGGUUGACAAGAUUCUGCUUAGAUUCCUUUCUAACCCAGUUGUAAAAAAGAUGCAAGUGUAAAAAAAAAAAAAAAAGCAGGCAUACGCAAAACACAAGAUAUUCUCUCCAAGUCCGUCUUGAAAUUAUUGGCAAAAAUAUAUGCACACGAGAGAUGAAAUGGCAAAAUUCCGAUCUAUAAGAUGGUAAAAUGGAGAACUUUCAGAUGUUGGGAAUGCUUAAAAAAAAUACUUCUGGCCAGCAAUUAAAUUUCUCAUGAUCCCCUUAAAAUGAAUGGGAGCUGCCGGAAUCUUGCACUGAGAAACUUUUGACUGAAUUAAAUACUUAAGCACUUCCCUUUGCAAAAACUC